AUGAUGAUUAAUUACGCUAAUUCGCAAAAUCCCAAUCAAGCUCAAGAAGCUAGCGAUGGACCUAAUCCAAGCCAAAAUUCAAUUGAAGAUAAAACUCAGGAAACAAACGAAAACGAUAGCUAUGAUUAUACAGAUGAUAAUGGAAAAAAUAAAGGAGUUUGGUAUAAUGCACGAACAAAAUGUUGGUUAGCAUGUGUAAAGGGAAGUGGAAGGCAUCUUCGCGUAUUUUCAGUAAAAAAACAUGGAUAUAAAAAAGCAAAACGAUUAGCGGUUGAAUGUAAAAAUGCAACAUUUUACAAUUAUAAUAAUAAUUCAAUGCCAAACGGAGUAAAACAUGAAAACCGAAGUAAUUGUUAUAAUAGCAGUAAUAGUAAUGAAGAAAAUAAUAAUAAAAGUGAAGAUGGUAGAAAUAUAAGAGAGCAUGUAGAAAACUAUAAAAUGUCUAAUAGUGUAAAGUUUACAAAUAAUAAUUAUAACAAUAUGGAUGAAUAUAUAAAUACAAAAGAAAUGAAAUAUCCAAAAAAUAAAAAAAAUAAUAAUGGAGAUAUAUAUACACAUAUACCAUAUGAUGAUAAUACAAAUUUUUCAAAAAAUAACAUACUAAUGGAAAAUGAUAAUUUAAAUAUUAAUGAUGGUAUAUUAAAUAAAAAAAGAAGAUAUAAUACUAGACGGUGCAAUUAUAAAUAUGGAAAUGGUGUCGAGAAAAAUCAAGAAAAUGGAAAUAGUGAUAUUUUAGGAAAUAAUAUCAAUGCAAGUAUUAACAAUACUAAUGCAAAUAUAAAAUUUUUUAAAAAUAUGAAUGACCUUAAUAAUGAAGAAAACGAAGAAUAUAAUAAUAAUUUAUAUUCAAUUUUAAAAGGUGAUGGGAUAAGUAUUAAUACUAUGGAUGAUAAUAUGUAUAGAAAAUAUGAUAAAGUUUAUGAAAAUGGAUUAAAUAAUUGCCAAAUAGAAAAUCAAAAAAAAAAUAAUAAAAUAAAAGACAAAAUAAGUUGUUUAGUAAAAUCAAGCAAGUCCAGUUUUACUGCUACAACAGAUGAUCGAAAUAAUAAUAAUCAUAAUUUUACAGCCAAUUAUAAUAAUAUUAACAAUAUAAAUAUUAUGAACGGCAAUAAAAAUUUUAAUUUUUCUGCUAAUACUACAAAUAGUAAGCAUAACAACAUUCAAAGAAAUUAUAACAACAAUAUAGAUAAUCAUGUAUCUAACACAAAUAUUAUAGGUAAUAAUAAUUGUUUAAUUACUGAUAAAGAUUUUCAAAUUGAUUCCCCUGAACAAACAAAUGAAGAAAUGAUUUUUAUAAAAGGUGGUAAUUACGAUUAUAAUGAAAAUAUAAGAAAAAAAAAUAAGUAUAAUAAUGAAUGUGAAGGAACUUUUAUUUUUUCUCAUGAAUAUUAUUCAGAUUAUGGCAAUAAAAAUAAUGAAGAUGCUAAAACAAAUUUUAUAGAUUUAACUAGAGAGGCUUUAGCAUUAAUAUUGAAAGAUUUAAAAAAAAAUGUUAUUCCUAAAAUUCCUGUGGGAAUUGAAAAAAGAGAAAGAUAUUCAAAUUCACUUCGAUUAUGUUUAAAAAGUGCUAAAUUGACAAAACAUAUUAAUGAAUUAGAACCAUAUCUUGAAUUAUUUAGUGAAUGUAUUAAAAAUAAUAAGCUUCCAAGUCAUAUGAAUUUGAAUGCUCAGUUAUUUUAUUUAGACAAAUUAUAA